GUGAUCGUUUUAAGUGCUGCAAAGCACGUGUUAUUUUCCUCUUGCUUUCCUCUCCCGUGUUUCUCACCAUCCUUCUCUUCCAGGGUCCUGUGCCAUGGCUGAUCCCUCGUCCACAUCCGACCUUGCAACCCUGGCUCUGUGUUGUGUCGAUAGAUCUUACUUAGAACUGGGUCAUGGAACAUUUGGUCAGACAGUGCUGCCUAAUCCUAAAACAGGUGUUAAUCCCUGUGAAGUUUGGUGCAAUCAGCCUGUGGAGAGAUUAAGAGAACAUUGCAACGUGAUUAAAAUCCAAAUGCUUUGGCCUCUUCUCUUCACCCAGGAAAGCAUUUCUUUCCAAGAGGAAUUUGGUUUGCUCUUUCAGGGGUGGCGUCUGUGGAAGACAAUGUCUGAGUGUAAUUUUGUGGAAGACCUUGCUGAUUUAAUUAAAAAAGUUGUUAACAUUCCGCACUUUAUCAGUGGCAUUUUGAGGAUUGGCAAUGGGAUAGAAAAUGGUUUCUUUGACAUCGAGGAGGCAGUGGAUUGGAUCAGGUGUGUGGGUGAUGCCAACGUUCUGCAGGGCCUGGAGGAACUCAGGGAUUUUCGCCGGCUUAAACUUGCAACUGUUUUUACUCAGUGGGAACGUUCCAUUGUUAAAGUUGCAUUGGAAGAUUGUGAUUUAGUUGAAGAAUUGAAAGCUCAGACCUGUGAGAGCUCCAGGAAGGAGAGUGAAUUUAUGAAACAGAGAGGAAAUGAAGUAUUUUCCCGUGGAGCCUUUGUUCCUGCUAUAAUCUCAUAUACUAGAGCCAUAGAGCUUUGCCGUACAAACCACCUUCUGUAUGGAAACAGAGCUCUUUGCUUCAUCCUCACAGGAGACUACGAGAGAGCUGUUGUUGAUGGGAAAAGAGCCACUGUUUUGAAGCCUGAUUGGCCGAAGGGUCACCACCACUACUGCAAGGCCCUGGCCCUGCUGGGGAGGCACGAGCAGGCUCUGGAAGCAAACGAGAGAGCUCAGGAGCUCUGCAGGGACGUCCCCGACGGGCUCAAGGAACUUGUUCAACAGCAUCACAAGCUGAAAAGGACCUUAGAAGAAAUUAAUGGAGUUUUAAUGGAAGGGAACUUAAUGUCACAUUAUCCUGUUUUUAAGUUACUGCUUUUUUUAACUCAUUUUUCAGUUUAUUUGGUACUUUCUGUCUUCAUGACGUGUCUUUUUGAGCAUGUGUAUAUUUUUGUCAAGUAUCUCUGGUCCCUCCUAAUGGAAAGUUCUAGUGAAAGUAAUACAACUAAUAUUUUUAAAUGUUUAUGGGACCAAAGUCAUCAAAACAAACGAAAGCAAAAACCCAAACCUGGUGACUCUGAAAAAAUGAGGGAUCACCUUGAUUUGAAGAGAGAGUCUAAAGCCAUGGAAGAUAAAGGCCUCUGUGCUGUGCCACAGAUGGAUUUCAAUACAGAAGAUGUAAAAAACCCCAGGAACAAGGGAUUUACAGCCUCCCUGGAGGAGUGUCCCAGUGAUAAACCCACCCUUCUACCCACGUUGAGAGCUUUAGGUGCUGCAGAACGUGAGGUAUUCCAGGUGGAUUUUAAUGCCUUGCCAGAAGGUGUUACAUCCCUUGCUCGUGAUGGUUGCACAGCCCUGAUGGACCAGCAGUGUCACAGUGCAGAACAAGCCUUCUCACAGCUGCUCAGCAUUCUGUAUACUUCAGAAUUUAGGUGUCUGAAUAUUCAUAAAAUUAAUUAUGCCAUGAUCAUCUAUGGACAUGCCACUGCCCUCCUGGGAAUAGGACAACCUGAGGCAUUGGCAAAAGCUGAAGACCAGUUUAAGAAAAUAAUUGAAGAAUACCCAGAAGAAAGAUGCUUUUGUUUGGCACACUAUGGAAUUGGGAGGGUUUACCUCAGGCAAAACAGAUUUGCUCAUGCACUCGAUCAGUUCCUGAGAUCAAAGCUGAUGAUUGAUUUGAAGAUUGUCCCGGGGGUGUUGACGUGGCCGGCGACAGCUCGGGUCAUCGAGGAGACUCAGACAGAGAGUUUGCAGAUGGCUUUAAGGAAUUGCAUUGAGCAGUGCAGGUUCCCUCCAGAACCAGAUGCUGUCUGUCGGUAUCAGCAGUGCCACGGCCACUCCAAAAUCCAAAUAUUUUUUACAGACCCAGACUUCAAGGGUUUUAUACGUGUUAUUUGCUGUCAGCAGUGCAGGGUGGAGUUUCAUAUGAGCUGCUGGAAAAAGUUGAAAACAACGAGCUACAGUGAUAAAAAUGAUAAGGAUUUCCUUAAGGAAUUGUGUUUUACUCCCGAUUGUAAAGGCCUUAUUUCAAAAAUAAUUAUUUUCAGUUCUUCUGGUGCAGUAAAAUGUGAAUUUGAACUAAAAAUCACAAAACCCAAGGGACCACCAAGGGCCUGUAUUAAACAGAAAUGUUCAAGUAUCAGGAAGUUAAAAACGAAGCAAGAAAAAAAACUGCGGAGAAAACGGGCGCGAGAAGAGGCUCGAAAUUCCACUCAAAAGGAAGCAGAGGAGAACCAGGAGGGGAAGGAACAGGCCCAGCACAGUCAGAACAGGGGUUAUGGCCAAGAUUUCCAUGCUGGUGACCGGGUCCUGCAGCACAUCAGCCGGAAUUCCGAGCAGAUCCAGACAGCAGUGGCUGAUGCUGCCAAGUUACUAAAGGAAUUACUGUCCUGGUUUGUCAUCAGCCAGGAGGAUUACACCUCCUAUUCCCAAACUAGCAGCAAAUCCAAGGAAGUGAUGGAGCAGCUCAUCAGCCACUUAAUUCAGGAAAAAAACCGGGUCAAAACAAGGGGGUUCAUCCACGUGCUGAGCGAGCUGGAAGGGGUGGAUCCCAAAUUACUCAAGUGGCUGAAACAUCUUAAUAACUUGGGUCUGACAGCUACAAAAAACUUCCUCCAUCAAUAUGAACAAUUAUUGCAAGAGCUUGACUUCUCUAUUUUAGCCCCACUCUGGAACCAGAAGUAUGGCAGGAAAUUUGAUUAUGUGACAACUCCUGAAAAGCAAAAGAUUUGUGAUUAUUUCUUAAAACCCCCCUUAGAGAAAACCCGUUGUUUUAUAUGGCUUUUAGAGGAGAACAGAGAACAUUUUCCCUUCCUUCAUCAAGCUUUAGAUGAAUUCUUUGAUAAAAUGGAUGACCCAACCAUUAUAUUAAAGAAGCAGGGAAAUGAAAAUAUAUCAACUAAUGAUAUCAAAGUUAAAAACAAAAACAGGAAGAAGAAUUUGAAAGACUCGAGGGUGAGUAACUUUUUAGCUGCUAAAGGAGAUACUACUAAAUACACAGAUUUUACAAAUGAACCAUUUGUAAUCCCAGAAUAUCUCCAGAAGCAACUGGAGGAAUUUGAAGCUCUCUAUGAAGUUUCAAAUAGUAACAGUUAUAAUAAUCCAGAUCCAAUCUCUGAGAGUUUAUAUGAGUAUUUCACUCAAAUCUUGGAUGAACAUGGCCCUCUGGAAAUUAAUAAUAAAUUACUAGUUGGGGAAUAUGAAAAUUUCCCUGAAGAAACUCGAAAGGUCGUGGAGGAUCAGGGUGGCCUGGAAUCCUUCCUUCUGAAAUCCCUUCGGUUCAUUAUGGUGGAUAAUCUGAUUUGCUUGAAGAAGCACUCGGUCUUCUUUGAGGGAAAUACAAACAGAAAUGAAAAUGAUAUAGGUGGGAAUGUGCAAGGGAAUCAUUCCCAGAAAAACCUCCGGUUAAAUCCAGAUGCUGAGGAAUUCAAGCCCCAGUCCUACCCUCUUCAACCCCAUAUACCACCAUCACCUGACUUAAGUUAUGAGACUCUACAAUAUUUGCCCUAUUCUUCCUUCCCUGCUUCCUGGAGAUCCAGGAAUUCCUUGCAAAGCCAGAGUAUGGAUUCCAUGGAUAACAAGUCGUUGUUUGCAGACGUUUUACUAAAAAACCUGGAUUCUACAAGUCCCAUAUUUUUGCCUCAGACUUCCUGGGGUUACCAGUAUGGAAGGAUAUUGCCUGUGCCUUCUCCAGUGCCUGUCCUGCCACAUGUUGCCAGGCAGCCUGGUUAUAUCUAUGCUGAUCCUGCAGCUCCUCAGGAUAAUCAGGAAUCAGCAAUUCCAGUCAGAAAAUACAUCUGUGAUGGUCUUAUCCCAGCUGAAACCCAAACGUGUGAAGACCCCUGGGGCCGGUUGGAGAACUUGGAUAAAGAGAAUUUGGCUGCUCCAGGUAGCUCAGAUGAAGCUGAAAAUGGUAAACAGGUUAUUAAGGUCAAUCAGGAAGUAGCUGAUAGGGAAACCAACACUUUGCCUUUCCAUCCAUUUGAAAACCAACAAGGAGAUAUUCUGCGUGUGGAAAAGGAGCAUCAGGUGCUGAAAGAACAACUGAAAGAGGCAGAGGAGAAAUUUGAGCAGCUGCAGAGCAGAAGUUCAGAGGAAAUCAGUGCUUUGGAAGAGCUCCUGAGGAAAAGCGUGGAAGAGACUGAGGUCUCCCAGAAUGAACUGGAUUGGUUUCACCAGGACUCGGAAGCACAAGGGAAGAAAUGGCAGCAGGAGAAAAAAGAGAACCGAGACAACUUAAAAGCCCUGAGGAGCACGGCCAAAAAACACACAGACACCAAUGAGAGGUAUUUGAAGACCAUUGAUGACAAGGAAAAGCAAUAUAAUGGAUAUUUAAAUACAUUUCUGGAUACCAGUAAUAAAUUUGCUAAUGAGAAAGUAAAAUUGGAAGAGCUUAUAAAAAAGAGUCAAGAUGACUGCCAGGAGUGUGUGAAAAGAGCUGUUAAAGCAGAGGUACAAACCAAAAAAACCUGGGAACAUUCCAAAUGGUGGAAUUUAACUGCAAAUCUUCAAUAUUUCAGCAGCUCAGCUUCAGCAGCACCUUUGUUGAAGUCACAGAUUGAUUCCUGGGAAACUUUUAUUUCCAAUGUAAAGAAACAGCUGGAAAAAGUAGAGACAAUCCCAGCCAGACCUUUGGUCAGUGAUCCAGCCAUUGUCACCUAUUCCUUGGCAUCUGCACAUCCCAGUUCCCUUCCUGCAUUUUCCAGUCCUGAAGGUCAAGGUCCAACACAACCAUCCCUUCAAACCCAGGCUGGAGCUAAGGCAGCACAUGCCACUGCUGAGGCUGCUUCUGCAAGUGGUGGAGCCGUGAAAACACAUCCCCAACCUCCAGAGGGAUCAUAUUCCAAUAAACUCCCAUCACCUCACCCAUCAGGGAUUUCUGGAAGUGCCACUCAGCCAACCCAGAACCACCAGGAUGCCUCAGCUCUGCAACCAAGGCCUCCUGCACUUCCAAACAACAAAAAGCUUCCAAAAGCACUGGAAAAUAUUAUUGCACAGCUCCAGAGUAUAUUCCCAAACUACAGCAGUUCAGAUUUCACUGGUUUUAUAAGAGAGGUACAGAGAAGAAAUGGGAACACCCUGUCAGGUCUGAGCUUGGAUGAGGUUCUGAACCGAGUGACGGAGCUGAUCCUGGACCAGCAGAGCCAGGCACCAACUUCAGCAGGGAGAGUCUCUGCUCCACCAGCCCCGACCGGAGCACGGAGUCGGGAAGCGGCUGCAGAAGGAAAUGCCCCCAGUCCCUCCAGAGCAGGACCUGCACCUAAAAACACCUCAAAUAAAAACCCACGUCAGCCAAACCUCCAGCCCUGGGGGAAUGUUGGAGCAAUACCUAAAGCUAAGUGGAAAAAGCAGGACAAUGCAGCCUCCAGCGAGGAUCCCUGCACGAUCUGUCACGAUGAGCUGAGCAAAGACUCCUGUGAACUGGAGUGUGGGCAUCAUUUUCACAGAGAAUGCAUCAGAACGUGGCUCAAGGAACAUUCCAGCACCUGCCCCAUCUGCCGUGUCCACGCCCUCCUUCCCGAAGACUUCCCUGAGCUUCCUGCAUGGAACAAGUGCACCUAGUCCUGGCUUUAUUUCAACACUUUAUAGAAAUAAUCAUCAUCAUAAUCAUCAUAAUCAGAUGCAAAGUGGCUGCAGAGUAACCCCAGAGCUGAGGGACAGCACCAGGCCCCUGGUUUUAUUGGCAGUGGUGACAGAGCUCAGGCUGAGUUGGGAUUUCACACUUGGCAUUAAGGCCCAGACUCCAAGAGCCAGCACUUUUCCUGGCUGCUGCCUGAACGUGGGAAGCUGAUGUGGUUCAGGGCUGGCAGCACACAAAACUGGCCUUUGUUUGAUUUUUUUUUUUUAAAUUUAAUUGAAAAGUAGCAAAUCUAUUUUAUCUGAAAGGCCAGAGCAUAAUUCCUGUGAAGGGGGACCUUUCCCUCAGGUUUAUUCCACACUGCAACCAAAUUCCAGUAUCAAACAAGCAGGAGACCCAAAUGCAGAACUGGAAGAGCCAAGAUAUUCCCUUCCUCUGGCAUCAACAAUUCCAGUUGAACUGCAGGAUUCCAGUCAGGCCCUUUGGAGUGCAGUUCAUCCCUGCAGCUCCUCCCUCUGCAUAAAUUCAAAUUGUUUAAAUACUGACUUUUUGCAAUUUAUUGAAGCAAGAAUUUUAAAGUGUUCAUGUGCAUGGAGCUGGAAUACAGUGGAUCCAUUCUUUAAUGGAUUCUUUAAUUCAAACCCUCAAAAUAGGAUUUGAAUUCCCCCCCACUGUUGAAGAGCUGAUCUGUUUAAAUGGGAAUGACAGGAUUUUUAUUUUGGCUGAAGCAACAUCUGUAUUUUGUGCAGGAAUUGGUCACCAGUGAGGGGCAGAAUUUAAACAGCUCCAAGAAUGGUUUUCCCACUGCCUUCCGAGUCUGAGCUUGCCAGAGCACCUUCAGCACUGUCACAUUUGCCUCCAAGAGCCAAAAAAUGAGGAGUAGAGACUGAAAAUCUCAAACUGAAAAUCAAAUGUGGCUGUUGUCUGAAUCCAGGCAGCAUUAACUGGAUUAUGAGCUCAUUAGCUAAUUCUAGGGAUCACUUGUUCCCCCCAGUGAUAAAUAUCCUCCAGCUGAAGUUUUAAACUACUCUGUGAUUAAUCAGUGUAUGAACUGGCACUUGAAUAAGAAAUUAAAAUUACUGCUGCAGCUCA